AUCGUACACUCUCUCUACUCAAACUACACAUCAAACCACACCUUUCUUGAAAUUUGUUGUCAAGCACGCUUCAAAACAUGUCGUAUGGAAACAAUCAGGGCUACGGUUACGGUCCACCUCCUGGAGCCCCUCCUACUAGUGGAUAUGCCCCUCCUGGCGGUGGUUAUGCCCCCCCACCCGGUGGACCUCCGAGCGGCGGAUAUGGCCCCCCAUCUGGUGGCCCUCCCGGUAGUGGAUAUGGCCCUCCACAUGGUGGACCGCCUGGCGGAGGUCACGCUCCUCCCCCCGGUGGCCCUCCCGGCGGAGGAUAUGGUGAUCAAAUGGGGCCGCCUGGUGGAGGAUACGGAAACUCGGCACCUCCACCAUCGCAUCAGACGCGUCCAGGCAGUGUGCAUCGCCCAAGGCCACCGAGCCAAAACAUUGAUCCGCAACUAAGAACGUGGUUUUCGGCCGUUGACCGGGAUCGGAGCAACUCCAUUAGUGCCAUUGAACUGCAACAAGCCCUGGUGAAUGGCGAUUGGACACCGUUUGACCUAGAUACGGUCAAAAUGCUAAUGAACAUCUUCGAUACCGAUCGAAGUGGUACAGUUGGCUUCGAGGAAUUCGCUGGUCUUUGGAAGUACAUCAAGGAUUGGCAAGGUGUGUUCCGGCACUUUGACGCCGAUAGAUCUGGUACCAUCGCUGGUCACGAGCUUCGCAAUGCCUUGGAUCAGUUUGGGUUCCGCCUUCCUCCCCACUUACUUCAGUUAUUGGAAAGAAAGUACGUGAUGAGUCCCGCUAAAGGCACAGGUUCAUUACCGUCACGAAACAAUCCAGAAGGGGGUAUCACAUUCGAUCGCUUUGUCCGAUGCUGCGUGGUAGUCAAAGCUCUCACCGAAUCCUUCCAACGGGCCGAUACUGACAAGGAUGGCUGGAUCCAACUUUCAUACGAGCAAUUCUUACAGAUGGCACUUGAGGCCCCGUGAACACAAGCUCAAUGGUUGAAAGAGCGGGUCUUCUCAAUUAUGCCUGAAAGCAUCGUGAAGUCAUUCUGUUUGUACAUGUCAAACACCCAGGAUGGUUGCCAGAACUAGUGGCUGAAGUGCCAUACGAUCUCAGCCACACCUUGUAGUCAAACCCUUGUACCAUUUUUAUACGCCAGUGGUGGAUAUCGUCAUGCUAGGAAAUGAAGCCUGUCACGUAGCAAUCACAGUGCUUUGCAGAUU